AUGGAAACCACCAUCGCCCUACAAGUUCUCCUAGCGCCACAUCAAACCGUCCGUCUUACUUCACUCCUCCCCAUUGAAAUCUCCAUUCACAACGCCGCCAGUACUCCCGUGACAAUCCUCGACCGGAACACUCCGCUCGAUCCUGACGCUGGCCAUCUAGGGGUCCUCAAACUCCACGACGCGCAAACACACGAAGAAGUACCUACCUCCACAAUCUCCGCUAGCCGUAUAAGGCCCCCUCUUCUAAAUGAGUAUAUUGAGAUUCCUUCCGACACGACGGUGAAGAGGACUCUUGAGCUGCGGGUGGAUGAAAAGGAUAUACAAGCUGGACGGGAGUAUACUGUGCGCGCGGAAGGGUAUUGGUCAGCUGUGUGGUACAGGGCUUUGAGUGAGAUUACGGAGGAGCAGAGGGAUCAUUCGCUGAACGCGACGACGGGGGAAUUUUUGUCGAAUGUUGGACGCGUUAAGGUUGAAUAA